UUGCGAUGGCCUCAUCACAAGUGUCACGUAGCGAAAGAUGCCCCGUCGAAGGUUGCUCGAUGUUGGGAUCGGUUCGUUGGCUAUUUGAUCACAUUCGACACAUUCAUAGUCCUGAGGAUUGGUCACGUGAUCAUAUCACUCGCUACAACUUGGUCCAAUGUCCGAUGUGUUCUCACUGGUUUAUUAGACUAAACCAGCAUUUACCCAAAUGUAAGUCUCGCUCGACGACCGUCUCCAGUUCUAGCCAGGGUUCAUUACAUCAAUCUACUUCGAGUUCGGUGUCUCAUAUCAGCGAACAUCCGGGCACUCUGACAGGUCACCGUGACGUCACUCCUGUACCUACCAUCCCGGAUGUUCCUACUUCUUGCGGUCCAAACACAUCCAGUCAACCUUGUCGCCCUAUGGAUCGUGAAUCUAUCGGCUGGAGCUUCAUCCAAUCAAUAUCUACGGAGGAAUUGUUGAAGAGCCUACCACCUAGAACAGUCCAAAGCAUCCCAUCCAAGCUGAAGUCUCUUUUUCAAGACUGCUGUUCUAUCCCACUUAGUCAACUUGCCUUAGAUUCAUCAGAUGUCAAAGCUUGGAAAUUGUUACUUCUUAUUCCCAAGAUGAUUCUUACUCCACUUGGCAGAUCUGGUAAAUCCCAUACAAGUGGUAUCAAAGCAAGGUACAAACUUUUUCUGGAAUAUCGAUGGGAAGAAUUACUCCAGAUUUGGCAACUAUCGUCUGAGACAGUUAAUGUUAAGCAGGUAAACAAUCAACGUCAUGCCCGGCAAUCAGCCAUUCGUCUUGUGAAAAGUGGCGAGUUGUCAAGAGCUGCUCGAAUAUUAACCAGCAAAGGCCUGGCACCUGCUAGUGAUGAAACAGUGGCCAAACUAUCUCUCAAACACCCUACACGAGAUCCCAACACCCCUGUUCCACACUCUGAUACCUGCAAUUCAAUGGCUUUGCCAGCUUCAGUCAUUAUCAACGUCAUUAAAAAGUCCCCUCGAGGUUCUGGAGCAGGCCCUUCGGGCUGGAAGUUUGAACACCUCCGAAAUCUUCUAGAUAACGCUGUGACCCAGGACGCCUUAGUCAGAGUUCUCUCAUCCAUUGCUGAAGGAAAUCUUCCAAGCCUUGUCACUACCUGGCUGUCUGCUUCCCGAUUGAUUGCCUUGCCCAAAAGCAGUGGUGAUGUUCGACCUAUAGCCAUUGGCGAGGUUCUCCGCCGAGUCUCAGCUAAGGCUAUCUGUCAUCACUUGAAAUCUGAGUUCUCUGCCUACUUUGCUCCCUUGCAGCAUGGGGUUUCAACUCCUGGUGGCUCUGAGUUGGUAACACACCAUAUUCAAUUACUUCUGGAAAGCAGACCGGAUUGGGUGCUCGUUAAAACUGACAUAAAGAAUGCCUUUAACACCAUCAAGAGGUCUUCUUUGCACAAGGAAGUUUUAUCAAAAUUUCCAGCCAUCUUGGCCCAUUUUGAGCAAAUGUAUGGAAAUUCCAGCCCUCUCGUGUAUGUCAAGGGAAAGGAAACGGUGAUCAUAUCUUCUGAAGAAGGUGUGCACCAAGGUGACCCCCUGGGGCCUGUCCUAUUUGCCUUAGGAAUUCACCCUACAAUCACCAAAAUUCAAGCUGACUACCCGGAAAUAGUAGUCUUAGCCUACCUGGAUGACAUCUUUUUGCUCGGCAAUGAGGGGCCUGUACUUGAUUCCUUUGCUAAUCUGAAGCUUUCAUUGGCUGAAGAAUCUGGUUUACUGAUUGCUGAUCAAAAGUGUCAAAUCUACUCUCCAGGGUCCACUGAAAUUUUGGCUCCUUUUCCCAGAGCCGUGGAAGGAUCUGUGUUACUGGGGACACCCAUUGGGAGAUUCGACUUUGUUGCAUCACAGUGCAUCGAGUUCGCCAAGUCAGGCAGCUUGCUUUGCCAAGAGAUUGUGUCGCUGGAUGACCCUCAGAGCUCCAUGCUCCUUUUGAGGCACUGCCACACAACUCGCAUGAAUCAUUUGACAAGAACAGUUCCUCCUUCCUUACUCAAGCCUGCGGCAACCAUCCAUGAUAGCAUAACGCAUGCGUCCUUUAGUCACAUCAUAGGUGUCACCAAUACAUCUGAGGCUCAAUGGUCGCAAGCCAUCCUGCCCAUAAGAAAAGGGGGAUUCGGAAUGACUUCAGUCGAAAAAAUUUCACCUGCAUCUUUCCUAGCAGGUUGGGUACACUCAUCAGCAAUACUGCCGAAAAGAUUCUCAUAUAUCUGGGAAAGCUCACAGUCAAUAUUAGACAAUCUGGGCGCAACUGGACAGAAUCUAAAAGAAGCUAAGCAGCAUAUCGAUUCUCUCUUGGCGGGCACGCCAAGCACCCUUGGAGGGGUUUGCUUCACUGACUUAACCGAUCAGCCCAUCAAGCUACAACAUCGCAUCACGGACGAGUUAUCUACAACUAGUCUUCAACACCUUCUGGAUCAAUCUCAGGAUCAACAUCAGGCUGCUCGUCUAAGGUCGAUUCAAGGUCCUGGAUGUGGCUCAUGGCUAGAGGCAGCACCUUCCUCAGAUAGGCUUGCAUUUAAGCCUUCCGAAUUUCGGUUAGCGGCUCUUCUGAGGCUGGGAUGCCCAAUGCCCUUCAAGUCCCUGGCACCUAUUUGUGAGUGUGGGAAAGAAGCAGAUGAUUAUGGAUACCAUUUCUUGACCUGCAAACACGGGGGUGGACCUGUAUGGCAACAUGACAGUGUCGUAGCAGGCUGGUGCGAGUGCCUCAAGGAGGUGGGUCUUCACCACAGAAAAGAAGUGCGAGACAGGUACACAAACAAUAGUAAUCGACCGGACAUUGUGGUUUUCGAUGCUGGAGAUGGUUCUAACAUUGACCUUGAUAUUUCACUCUCCCACCCUUGGAGCUGCGAAGCUUUUCCCAGGUCGAGUAGUGAAAGUGGAUGUGCUGCAUCCAGAAGAGAAGAAAAGAAGAAGGCCAAAUACUUAAAAGAUCUUUUACCUGGAGGUUCCACCCCUAACUUUGCGCCGUUAGUCUUUGAACAUUUCGGUCACUGGGGGAAUACUGCGACAGACUACCUGAACACUUUGUCAUUGCGAUCAAGGGACAGCGACGGAAAAUGCAACAAGGCUGAAUUCCGUUCCUACUGGAGAAAAAAAUUGAGUGUAAUCCUACAGAGAUGCAAUGCUAAAGUCUUGCUGAAGAAGAUUGACAGACUUCAUUUACAAAGUUCUAGUGCUGAUAUAGCUUUAGACUGCGAACUUCAAAGUAGCAUUCAUUAGUGGGUUUUAGAUUUCAGUAGCGACUAUUAUGUUUCGACUUCCUAUGAUGUACGUAGUGCCUUGUAUGUUCAAUAAAUGAUCUUUGUCAGUCAGUCAGUCAGUC